AUGCCAAAACGAGGACAAUCAAAUUUUGAUCGUCUAUUCAAAUUGCGACCUUUGCUGGAUCACAUGAAUCAAGUUUUCAAGCAGCUAUAUAAAUCUUCGCUUUUCUUGUCAAUUGAUGAGUCAAUGGUGGGCUUCAAAGGGAGAAGUUCUUUGAAGCAGUACAUGCCUAUGAAACUCAUCAAAAGAGGUUUCAACAUCUGGGUAAUCGCUUGUGCAGUUACAGGUUAUUGCUUGGGCAUGCCUGUGUAUGAAGGGAAAUAUGAAGGCGACAAGACAUCAAAAUCAUUAGGUGAACGAGUUGUAGAAGAACUUAGCAGCGCUUUAGAAGGUUUAGGAUAUUGCUUUUUUUGUCAUUUUUUUUCACACAUUGGCAUGAUGAAAACACUGUUAACCAAAAAGCUAUUUGCUUGUGGAACAAUAAGACAAAAAACACGAAAAUUCUUUCCAAGGGAUAAACUUGUUUCGGGCCGACAUCUGAAAAUGGGAGAAUGUGACGCAGUAAUGUCUGGAGAUAUUGGCAUUUCGAAAUGGAAAGACAGAGGUAAGAAGUGUUACUGUUAUCAGCACUAUGCAUAA